UAUGAGCGGCCGGCUGUAUCGUGCUGAGUUGCUUUGUGCUCCUCCUGGGUACAUCCGGGAUCCCAAUUCGGCAGUAGCAUCGCCGAUGUACGUUCAUGAUCCUCGGGCAUGAGGCCCGGGUGGGUGCCCGGUGCACAUUCGUCAAUAGGUUGACCACAUCCUUGCCGACUCCUCGGACUUCGUGAGACGGUUUGUGCACCUUUCCGGCUAUGUCCUUUCCGCGUAUAUGCUGGAUGUCGACGAGUGUUUGUACGUUUCCAGUCGUCGCCAUAUCAAGCGUCCGUGAUCGGACUUUCUGCCCUCAUUACGGUACAGGCCGACGAUUGAGCGGAAUUAUGGCUAUUGUCCCUUACGGCGAGUCUUUCAUUGAUGCACUGACUUCAGGCUUGUUCGACCUUGGCAAGGCCACAACCUUUGAUGGACCGCCUCCUUCGACUCUGGCAACUUGCAACGCUGGCCGUGCCGUACCAGCUGGUCGGCUGUGUGAUGUUUACGUGCAUGGGUCCACUUCUGUCGCGGCCCUGGAAUUCAUUCUUCGCGUCAAUCAAUUAUUGGAUCAUCAUUCAGGCUUCCCUCCACGACACGGUCGUGCGAAUCCAACACAGAACGUCGGUCAAUUCGCUGUGUCGGAAACACGCCGGGCUAUCGUUAGCUCUCGUUGUGAAUCCGACUCCUUGCAUGUGCCUGAGCUGCCUGUUAGCCGCAGGUACGCGCUGCCAGCCGCGCCGAUUGUGACUCUGCAAAGACGACGUUAGCUGAACUUGUUACAAGCGUGGCGAAUCACGUACAUUUCGCACCGCCAUCAAGCCCUCCACCUACGCGAGCUGAUCUAAUCGUCUUCCGUCUGAUCAGAUCUGCGCACGCAAAUUCCUCGACAGGAUGUUCUCAUCAGAUUCACGAGAACGCCUGCUUUCGAGUAGGCUCGGGCCUUCUAGCUGUGCUGACCC